AUGGCGGACAAUAGCAAAACCGCCAAGAUAUCCACCCUCUCACCAGGGGAGGUAGAGGACAAUUCCUCCAUUGCCCGUGGCAAAGUCGAUCAUCACACCAUCACCGAUACGAACAGCGACGUCGAUGUCGCGGCCAAAUAUGCCAACAUGUUCACCAAUGGUGAAACCUACUCUAUGGCUGAGUGGGUGAAGCUCCGGUGGAAGCUCGAUCUGCGCCUUGUGCCCUUGCUGUGGUUCAACGUCACGCUUGGAGCCAUGGACAAAGUUACGACGGCUACAGCUUCUUUGUAUUCAUUCAGAGAAGACACCGGACUAUCCGGCGAUCGAUAUAGUUGGGUUGGAAGCGCUUUCUACUUCGGUUAUUUGGUUUGGUGUCUUCCUAGUGGAAGCCUGCUUCAAAAGUACCCAAUCGCCAAGCUCAUGUGUGUUGCCCAGAUUCUCUGGGGUUUGAUCCUCAUUGGAACUGGAUUCGCAAACAACUUCGCCUCGCUGAUGGCGUUACGCGUUCUCCUUGGUGCGCUCGAAGCUCCCAUUGUCCCAGGAAACUUUCUGGUUCUCGGCAUGUGGUAUACGCGUCGCGAACAACCACUCCGUACGGGUUUGAUGUACACUGGUCUUUCUGUCUGUUUCACCGGUCCCAUCGGCUGGGGUAUUGGCUUCCUGAUGGACGACCACAAGUGGCGCUCCAUGUUCUGGAUUACAGGUGCCAUGACAAUUGUUUGGGCAGUUAUCAUUGGUUUCUUCCUCCCCGACAACCCGGUCAAGGCCAAGUUUGUCACCGAGCGUGAGAAGGCUAUUGUCGUUGACCGCCUCCGUGCUGAUCAGACGGGUGUUGAGAAUAAGCAAUUUAAGAAGGACCAACUCAUUGAGGCACUGACUGACCCUAAGACAUGGCUCAUGUUCUUCUUCCACAUCGUCAUCUCUAUUCCCAACGGUGGUCUGACCAACUUUGCCCCUCUCGUUAUCAAGGGUCUUGGGUAUACAUCGCAACGCUCAACUUUGCUUACGAUGCCCACUGGAAUCAUCCAAACCUUGUCUUCUUACAUUUGCAACGGAGGUGUUUUCCUCUGCGCAAAGUACUUCCCCACCAAGCACUGCCGAUCAGCUUGGGUUAUUUUUGGCAUCAUUGUUGGCCUCAUCUCUGCCGUAUUCCUUUACACCCUGCCCCUUACAGACUACCAAGGGCGGCUGGCUGCUUUGUACAUGUCCUACUUUUAUCUAGGGCCUUACAUUGUCAGCUUGGGUAUCAACACAGCCAACACAGCCGGGCACACCAAGAAGGUCACCGUAAACGCCCUCAUUUUCAUCGCCUACUGUGUAUCCAACAUUAUCGGUCCUCAGUUCUUCAAAGCUGAGCAGGCUCCUGUUUACAGCCUGGGCAUGGGUGCCAUUCUCGGCAGUUAUGUACUCGCCAUGAUCAUCAUGAUUCUCUACGCUACGUACUGCUGGUGGGAGAACCGCAGGCGAGAUGCUGUUGACGAGGCGGCUGGACAGGAAGCGCAUUCUGAUACUGAUUUCCGUGAUCUCACGGAUAAGCAGAACAUUCAUUUCAGAUAUGUCUGGUAA